AUGCUGGCCCCCAGAGUGCGCGGGGCUGGACUGGCAGUGGCCAGUCUCCUGCGCAACUUUGGGGGUCCAGGAUGGAGGGCUCACCGCCUGUGCGCGACUGCUGUCCUAUCCAUCGCCCUGUACGGGGCGCCGAUAUGGACGCCCCAGCUCAGCGCCUGUCGCGAUGGCUUAAGCCGCAUGCGGCAGGCGCUGAAGCCGAUGUUCAUCAGGGCGGUUAGGGGGUACAGCACGUUGUCGUACAUGGCGGCGACCACCCUGGCCGGUUUCCCUCCCAUGGAGAUCAUUGCCGAAGAGCGGCGAAUCCUAUAUUGGAGGAUUAAAGAGCUCCGCAAGGAGGGAGAGUUAACGGCCGGGGACCAGCGGGCCUUACGAACCCAAGCCGUGGCCAGUACCCAAGAGAUGUGGAGGGACAAGUUGUCCGAUCCACGAGGGUACGAGCGCCAGACGGCGGAGGCUGUCCGCCCCUACCUGCCAGAGUUGGUGGGUAGGAGGGGAUGCGGACUGUCCUACCAUCAGGUGCAGGUGCUAACGGGCCAUAGGUCCUUUGGCAAGUACCUGCACCAGAUAGGGAAGGAGUUCACCACCAGGUGCCACCACUGCCCCGUGCUGAUGGACAUGGUGCUCCACACCUUGGCCGCAUGUCCGACCUGGAGUUGGGAGCGCCGUGUCCUGGCAGGGGCGAUGGGGUGCCCAGUAGGAGACAUCUCGCUCCCGUGCAUGGUUGAAACCAUGUGCGGGAACGAGGAGGGGUAG